AUGAAUAUAGAACGUACAAGUGAUGUUCAAAUAGAUGAAAACGUUAAUUUCGAAGUAUUAAUUUCAAAUCCUAACAUAAUAAGAGGAUUAUCCGAAGCUGGUUACGAACGUCCUUCACCGAUACAAUUAAAAGCGAUUCCUCCUGGUAAACUUGGGUUAGAUAUUAUCGCACAAGCUAAAUCUGGAACCGGAAAAACUAUAGUUUUUGGCAUUAUAGCAUUAGGAAUGCUAGAUUUGAAUAAUCUGAAGCCUCAGGUAUUGAUUUUGGCGCCUACUCGUGAGAUUGCUGUACAGAUAAAGGAAGUCAUUUGUAAUAUCGGUCGUUAUAUGGAAGGCUUAAAUUGCCAUGUCUUUAUUGGAGGUUUGCCUAUUGGUAAAGAUUUACCGAAAAUUGAAAAAUGUCAAAUUGUAAUAGGAACACCUGUUCUUGCAUUUUCUGCAACAUAUGACAAGCCUUUAUUGAAAGCGCUUAGUCACUUUGUUCGAAAUCCACACCAUAUUAUGCUUACAGAUGAUACACCUUGUCUACAAGGAGUUUUGCAAUAUUAUCAAUUAGUUGAAUCCCCUGAAACAAGUAAUAUACUGGAAAAGUUCAAAAUUUAUGAAGCGAAGUUCAUAAAAUUAGCAGAACUUUUAGGCAGAGUACCCUUUUAUCAGUGCAUUGUUUUCAUAAAUCAUCGCGGAAGGGCUGUUGAUUUGGCGAAUUAUUUGACAAAUCAAGGAUGGAUGUCAUUAUACAUAUCAGGCAUGGAGAGGGGGUUGGAUCAACAAGAAAGACUUGAAACAAUGUCGAAGGCUCGCAGAUUCCAGAUAAGGGUCCUUGUCUGUAGUGAUUUGAUUGCUAGGGGCAUUGAUAUCGAAAGAGUAAAUUUGGUUGUGAACUUAGAUAUGCCUAAAGAUGCUGAAACAUACCUUCAUCGAGUAGGCAGAACUGGACGUUACGGAACUUAUGGAUUGGCGAUAAGUUUUGUGGAUGUUAAUGAAAUGAACUUUAUUGAAUCUUUAAAGGAAAAUUAUCAUGUUGGAAUUCAUCCACUUUCUGAUGAAAUUUCAUUUAAACAUCAUCAAAGAACACUAAUAACUGAGACUGAUCAAAAGGCAUAUGAAAAAUUUUUAGAUGAAAGAGAUACCAUCAAGGUUCAAAUUCCUGAGGUGCUUCCUGUUGUAUUUUCUACUGAUGAUAAAAAGAAAGCAUCACAUUUAAAUGAUAAGAUUACCGAAAAGGAUAAAAAGAAAAAAAAACAAAUGAAUGUUAUAAAUUCAACUUCUUUAUCUCAAUAUCCACAAAGUGAUAAUAAUGCAUCAUAUGAGUAUUAUAAUAAUUAUCAAUAUUGGUAUAAUAAUGAAUG